AUGUUCACUCUGUCCCUCCUGAGCCGUGGAAAUGGGCAAGUGGUCCAGAGCAAACAGAAGAGGCUGGAGGUCUUCUUGGAACCGGAGGAUUAUUUGAACUGGACACCCCAAGACAAAGCCCUGAUCGGCAAGCCCCAGAAUAGGGAGCAAGUUACAUGGGGAUCCCUUCCUAAAACUUAUAGCACCAGAAAGGGGGUCUUAAUUCUUUACUCAGAAGACUUUGCUGAGCCAUCAUGGAAACAAGAAGAAAGAAAAAAAGGACCCCAUUCCUACCAUCGCCAAAAGAAGAAAUCAGGUGUUGUUCUGCACACGCUCAAAGACCUGACAGCCGCCAUAUUGGCAUAUGGGAGUGAAAGGAAAGAUCAGAAGUACUGGGGUUGGCAACCAUACUUACGUUCCCUAAGUAAGCCAGAUAGCCAGAAUGAACAGCAGAUUCGUCCAGGCUAUUCAGCCAAGAGGUACCUCUUCAGCCUCUUUCAAAAUUGGACUUCGGGCACUUUGUACAAGCUCCAAUGUUCAGGGUAUAUCAGGGACCCUAGGUUGUUCCAGGACAAUCAGCUUUACUUGCCAAAUCACCUCAGGAGGCAACAGGAUCUCUCAGCCGUACCAUCAAAAUACCAUCUCCUGCCUGUUUACCCUUCAGUCUCUCCUUUCUGGACUCAGAAAGAACAACUGGCUGAUGAAGAUACAAGUGACCUUGAUAAUGAGGAAUCUGAAGAUAGUGAUGUGGAGAAGGAAGAUUCCAGAGCUGAAAAACACUGGGAAAAAAAGGUUCCACUCCCUCCACUGAGACAGAAGCCUCCAGGGAGGGCCACUUGGCUGAAAAAUGAAGCCUAUGCAGAGGACACAUGGAUGGAGCCUCACCAAGGAAUACAAGCUUUAAAAAAGAGCCAAGGACACCAUGGAAAGUCCCACCCACCUUUAGGGAGUGGCUCUUUGUUUGACGACAUUGAAACUCCCCGGUUCCUGAGUCAAAGAUCCCAUAGUACAUUCUACGGAGGCACCUUCCCAGACAGGAAGACAUACCUCAGGAAUGUGAAGAUCUCCAAAAGCAGACACCAAAUGUUUCCAGAACUUCUGAUAGAAAGAUGUGUUUUACCGCCUGUUCAACCCACCAUCAGCCCAGAGCAAAACGUGCCUAGAAAAGUAAAGAAAAAAAAGAUGCCAAAGGCUUUGAAAUUACCUGCUAUCACAGAAGAACCACCCAAAGCCCAGGAUCCCCUGAGGAGUCAGCGUAAUGACUAUGGCAGCCCAGAAGAGCUGCUCAUUCUUCCACUGGAGGUUCAUUUAUGUGCUGUGCACCAGCCCAAAGAGAGAGGACAAAGAGGAGGUAAUGAUUUUUCUCACCCACAUUCAAGUACUCAUGAAAUGAGAGAUUCAGAGAGAAAGAGUAGCAAAAUUCAGCAGAAAACAGUUGGUGCCAGAAGUUCCAAAGACUUUAUGGAUGAUGGAACCAGCCAGAGUGGCCUCCCAGAAGAGCUCAUAGGGAGUUCUCAGGAUCCAGCACUUGGAAACAUCUUGAUGGGGCCUGCUGGAGAUAUUGUUUGCCAGCCUCUCUUGGGUUCUGUCCAAAGCAUAGACCUCCCUCUUCAGCUUGACUUUGCAUCAGGUCAAGCAUAUCAGUUUGUAGAUUCCAGUACCAAUGUUGGUGAAGCAUGCUCAAAUGAUCAGCAUGUCAGGAAAGGCAACAUUCAUUCAGAAGCUAGUCUUCAUAUGAAUACCUGUGAAACCUCAUCCUUGACCCCAGAGCCAGAAAAGAAGGGAGCCCCUCAGUCCUUGGAGGCAGCUGUGCUGAAGACAGGGGAGUCUCAAAGUUUUAUAAAUAAAGAGCUGGAAAAUGAAGAAGGACAGGAGUCUCAGGGAAGACAAGCAAGUACCAUCACAGAAAACCAUCAACAGGAUCCCGCUCUCUUAGGAAAUGGAAGAAGUGAGCAGAAAGUUAGAAUACAGACUGAGGAGCCAUGUCCAGAUUCUGAUGUAUUUCCAGAACACCAGCGACCAACACGAGAUGGAUGUGCUCCCUUGUCCCUGGAGCCACCAGCAGGGUCCCUUUCUGUCUUGGAAACAGAGAAACCCAAGCCUCAAGUUGAUGGAAGUUCAACAAAAGAGGUAGAGAAGCAGAGGGAUGGAAACUCUGGAUCACAUGGCACUUCAUGGUUGAAACAAAACCUGACCCCUUGGGCAGAAACCAUCAAAGAAUUAGAUGGAAAUAAUGAACUGUCGCACCAUCUCACAAGACCUCUAGGAAAUGCCCCAGUGGCACCAAAGAUGGGGGGAGCUAAGAGGAAUCCUACUGAGAAGCAACCUCCCUCAAGAAGUAGAAAAGGGAAAGAUGUGCCCCCAAAGCUCGGCAAGCUGGCUGAAGAAAGCAUCAGCCCCGAGAGACAGAUGCCCGAGAAAACCAAAAGGAGGAAAAGAAAUGAAGUAAACAAGUCUAAGGCUCCUUCUCAUGUUGGUAAAGGAGAAAAGCCCCAAAACAAAACAGAGUUUGCUGGAGGAAAGCCAAAGAAACAAAAAACUGAAAAUAAGACAAAGUCAGUCUCCAAGAAAAAAAAGCCAAGAGCCAAGAAGAAAGAGAUGGGGCAGAAGGGAAGGACUCUGGAGAUAGGGUCAGAGCUAAGUAACUCUUCAUCCACAGAGGAUGAAUCUGAUGAAGAUUGCUCUCUCUCAAGUUACAACUCACAGGAAUUGACACUUCCUCCAAAAUAUCAAACUCCUGAAAGUCAAGUUUCCAGAGAUGAAAGAUUAUAUCCUAUCCAACCUAUAAUUGCCAAAGAAAAUACAGAUUCUGAAAAGGACAAAAGUGCUGAUACUUCUGAGGCUCUCCCUGCAGACCAGCAGCAGGAGAAAGUGCCCAGGGAAAGGAUCCUCGCAGAAAGGGCAGAGAUGAGGCUCCAACAGGUGGAAAAACGGAGAAGGGAGAAGGAGGAGAGGAAAAGGCAGCAGCAGGAAGAACACCGGCGGCUGGAGCAGCUAAAGGAGGAGCUCGAGCAGGAGCAGCAGAGGAGAGCGGAGGAGAAGCGCUUACAGAAACAGAAACUGGAAGAAGAGCGGCGACAGCAGGCGGAGGAGGAGAGGAGGAAAUUGCAGCAAGAGCAAGCAGCUCAGGCCCGUGCCAGGCAGCAGCAGGAGGAAUUCCGCAGGAAGAUGCAGGAGAUGCAGAGGAAAAAGCAGGAGGAAGACGCCAGACGGGCAGAGGCAGAGAAGCAAAGGCAAAAGGAGUUGGAAAGGCAGCUUGAGGAAGAAGAGAAAAGGCUGAUGGAAAUGGCCAAAGAAGAGCGCCUGGAAUACCAGAGGAGGAAGGAAGAGGAAGAAAAGAAGGCCAGGCAGGAUGCGGAGGCAAAAAGGCAGAAAAAACAGGAAGAGGCUAGAUUGGCUUUGGAGGAAGCCAAGAAAAUAGCCGCGCAACUUGAAAGGGAGAAGGCAGCGAUGAAGGCACACCAGCAUUUCAAUCAACAGCUAUUAAAAGAAGCGAAUGAACUGAAGCAUAUUCAGAGCAUUUCUCGACCAUGGGUCUACUCUUAUUUCCAGUUGCUACAAAUAUCUGGUUCUGAGGCUGUUAUAGAAGAGAAAUGAGAAGUAAGUUGGGACGUGGGAAGGAAGACAAAGUUGGGUUCUAUUUUCCUUUUGAAGUAGACGUCAAGUUAUGACUUCCACCUCAACUGGUCUGGCCCAGCCAGGCCCAAUCCUUUCAAAACCUACUGCAUAAACUGCAAUGUGGCAGAUAAAAGUUUAUAUAAUGUAUAGUCUUUGCCCUCAUUGAGCUUACAGUUUAGUAAAGGGAUAUGAUAUAAACUAUGGUACAAAAUAAUCCAUAAGAAUGAGACAGCAAGCUCUUUGGACAUGACUCUUGGAUGACUCUUGCUACCAAUCUGGGCAUAUAUCCCUAUGGGGAAUUGGAGGACCUGGAGAGCUGUGCUCAUCAAUGUAUUCUGCAUCCUUGUUAAGCAUCUAUAUGUAA